CUUCAUGGUGGCGUGAAGGAGGCGGUCGGCGUCUGCCACUGUGGUCUGGCGCUCUCGAGCGCCGCCAUUGCCUGCCUCGGCUCCCAGGACAUCUGGGGAGCUCCUGUGCCCCUCGGGCUGGCCGUGACGGCAGCGGUCCUGGCUGGCGGGCUGGUCGCUCUGCUGAUGCUGGUGGCGCAGGCGGUGUGCCGUUCUUGCUACGUGACGUGCCAGCUGGUGCUGGCGUGUGCCUUCGCGCUCAGACAGACGAGCCUUCAGAUGGCCCUCGAUCGGCUGGUGCAGGCGCCUUUGGAGAGCGGCCACAGGUCGAUCGACAUGAUGCGCGUGGCUCCGAGAAGGCGCAGGUCCUUCGAGGGGCUGAAGCGCGGGAGCGUGGUCUGCGUCAGCUACGGGGUGGACGGGGAACCAUAUGACCGCCUGAUCCUCGCAGUCGUGGACCACUGCUGCUACAGCAUCUGGGACAUCUACGCGGAGACCAUCGGCCUGGAGUUCUUCGGGGACUUCAGAGAGGGUGGCCCCCGAGGGGGGCUGCCCGCUGGGCUGGGCGCAGCGCGCGGCCAGCCCGUGUACCGCUUCUCGACGAAGCCCGUCGGGCAGGAGCUGCAGGACUUGUUCGAGCAGGGCCGCGCCAAGGCGGCCGUGGAGAGCAGCAUGAUGGGCAUCCUGGAGGACGUGCCGGGGCCGCCGCCAGCGUUGGCGGGGACCGGCGCGAGCGCGGCUCCCCCUGUGCCUCCCCCAGCUGGAUCGCGUCCUGCUGGGUCAAGCUCGGAGCUCGUCAAGUGGGUGUGUGUGGCGCUGUCGGCGCAGGAGUACGUGGGCAACACCUUCAUGCUCGCUGCGCAGCACCACAUCCCGUCGGACAGCUUCGUUGGCAACGGCUCGGUGGACCUGUAUGACAGGGGCCUGCGAGGCGACCCCGCGGUGCUGUAUCGCGUGGAGGUUGGGGAGCAGGAGAGUGAGGUGAUCGAGCUGUUCAGGCGCCGGACGAAGAGGAACAGCGACGUGGAGGGCACGGACACUCCGCUGGUGCGGGCGCCAGGAGCGCCGAGCUCCGAGGACGCGCGCACCCUGCCGGUGCUGCGCGACAGCGCGGGACGGCGCUUCGAGAACAUGAAGAGUGUGGCGAACAGCUCGGAGAUGUGUGGCUUUGAUGAUUGGGUGCUGGAAGGGCCGCGCUCGGUUUUGGACCUGGUGAAGGAGAUAGCUGAACAGGUGGCUGGCCCCUUCAAGCGCCUCUCGACCUGGAAGCACGAGAACGAGCUGCAGGAUGUCGAGCUCAGCGCGGUGACGCAUGGGAUGCUCUCGGAGAUCAUUGAGCUGGCGACCACUCUCGUUCAGCUCGACGUGUCGGACUUGGCGGGCAUGGGGAGCCUGUGCCUCCACUCCCGGCACACCAAGCAGCGGAUCAAGAAGAAGCAGGAGGCCGGGAAGGACUUCGACCUGCAGGGCUACUACCUGGGCAGGGCGUGGCGCACGGGAGGUGCGUGGAAGGCCCCGGAGCUCCAGAAGUGGGUGGCCGAGUGGGCUGCCCGCGAAUCGUCCAUCCUGAAGGAAGAGAAGGAGGCUGCUGAGGAGCGUACGCUUGCGUGCGCUCCUAAGAGGUCACCUAUAGCUCUCCUGAACAGCGCCGAGGUCCUCGCCGUGCUGCUCAGCGUCUGGGCAGGAAGACCCUCGCAGGCACAGUCUUCGGCGCUUGACGGCAUCCUGCGCGCGGUCACUGACGACAGGCCGCCGGACCCGUUGCCCGCCCCCGAGGCAGCCCUUCAGGAGUUGCUCGGUACCGAGGCCCUCGACUACGCGUCCGAGGACCUCUCCGUGGUUGCGCCGUAUGAUCGCGGCUUGGUCUCGUGGCCGGACACCGCAGGUUCGGUUGACUUGCUGGACGUGUUGCCAGACCCUGACCGCCAGGAGGUGAUCGACGGUCCCCGUGCGCUUUUGCUUCGGGCUGAGGAGGAGCCGCCAGCGGCCUGCAAGGUCUACUGGGACAAGACGCUCAAGGCGGACAGAGGCGAGUACACCAGGUUCGUGCAGGACCUGCUGAACAGGGGCAUGGUGGAGCUCCGUACUCGCCGUGAAUUUGAGGUUGGGAUAUUCUUCGUACGCAAGAAGUCGGGCAAGUUGCGCCUGAUAGUGGAUGCCAGGUCCGUCAAUCAGAACCUCAGGCGUCCCACCUCCAUCCAGCUGGCGUCGACGGCGGCGAUGGUCGGGCUUGAGGCAGAGCCUGGGGACAUGCUGGAGUUCUCGAUUCAGGACAUCGCCGAUUGCUUUUACCAGUUCAGGGUCCCGGACUACAUGGUGCCGUGGUUCGGGAUGAGGCCCGUCAGGGCCGGCGAGGUGGGAGCCAAGACCGUGCAGGGCGAGCCUGUGCUCGCGGGCGCCUGGGUCUACCCAUGUCUGCGGGUGCUGCCCAUGGGUUUCUCGUGGGCCAUGAGAUGGACGCAGCAGGCGCAUCGAGAGCUGCUGCGGCGGGCAGGGCUUGGAGGCAUCGAGAGCGAGCUGGUGGACCGCCAGGUGCCCCCGACGACCUCGGCUACGCCUGUUCCCCGCAUCGUGUACGUGGACAAUGAGGUUUUCGUCUCAUCUCGACCCGGUGCCUCUGCCGACGCCAGGCAGCAGGCGGCCAAGAAGAUGUCCAGCGUCGGGCUGCCGCUGCACGAGGUGGAGGAGGGCAAGCAUGUCGUCGAGGCGCUGGGCCUGGAGCUGGAUGGUAUCAAGCUCCGGCGCCGCCUGGCCCCCUCCAAGCGGUGGCGGCGGGUGCAGGGCGCGCGUGCGCUGCCGCGGCGGCGGCUGGUGGCAGGCAGGGACGUCGAGAAGCUGAUCGGCCAUUUUACGCAUGCCAUGCUGCUGAACCGCCCGGCGCUUUGUAUCUUCCGCGCCGCUUACGACUUCGCUCGGCGGCAUUACCGGGCGCCCAGCCUGCUCUGGCCUUCUGUGAGGCAGGAGCUGCAGAACGCCAUGCACAUCAUGCCGCUGCUCGCGGUGCAAUUCGAUAUGCCGUGGUCUGGGUUGGUCACCUGCUCCGACGCUACGCUGAGGGGCUACGCCGUGCAGGAGGCGGACUUCCCGGUGUCUGAGGUAAAGCAAGUGGGGCGCUGGUGGAUUGCGAGUGAGCUGAACCCCAGCGAUGAGCCCAGCCGAUGGUUCGACACGCCGGCGGAGAAGGCGGCGGCAGCUGCGUUGGGAGCCCACCGGCGCGAGGCUUGCGGAGAAGUGCCUGAGGCGUGUAGCAGCGCCUCCGGCGCCGGUUGGUGCAGGCGCGCCUGGCACCCCUCCGCCGUCGGCGGGCCGGCUCCCGAGAGACGGCUGCAGCGGCGGAGCGGCCCGGUGCCCGACGCUGUCGUGGGGCCAUGGCAGAGCGGCGGCGGCCCAGGGUACCUCGACAGGGCGGCUGCGCGGCUCAUCAACGAGGUCUCGCCGAUCCCCUGCGAGGCCGAGAGGAUAGCUGGCACUGGUGGGCCGACCGUCCUGGAGCAGGAAAACGUGACGGCGAAGACCACGGAGGACUGCGAGCGGAAGCGGGAGCGGUUCUUCGGCUUCUGCAGCAUCAGCGGCCUGGCGCUCGACACCUACCCGCUGCUCAGGGAGGCCCUGGUGGAGUACAUGGACCUCCUGUUCGCGCAGGGGGGGCCCUGCAGCGGCGGGGCCAAGCUGCUGGCGGCAGUAGGCCAUCGCUGGCCGAGGCUCCAUCAUGCCAUGCGGUUGCUGAAGCUGCCGAGGGAGGCGAAGGCGCUGCGGGGCUGGCGGCAUCUGUUGCCGCUGGUGAUACGGGCGCCCGUGCCGUGGGCCGCCGUGGCGUCCAUCGCGCUGGCAUUGGUCAGGCGCAGGCAGCCGCUGGCGGCUCUGGCGGUGGUGCUGGCGGCGGACGCCUACCUUCGGCCAGGCGAGCUGCUGUCGCUCCAGGCCAACCGUGUGGUCCCAGCCCAGUCAGAGGCCGGAAGCGACUACCGCUUCGCGUCGCUGGAGCCGAAGCCAGAGGAGGAGCUGCUGCCGACCAAGACGAAGGGCUUCAACGACUCGAUCCUGCUGGAUGGCACGUCGAGGCGCGACCUGGGUGUGCUGGUGAAGCGGCUGGCGAGGCAGAAGAGCUUCUCGGCGGAGCUCCUCUUUCCGUGGUGGGCCGCGGUCUCCACUGCCAUGUUCGAGCGUGCCGCGGCUGUGCAGAGGUACGAGAAAAGCUCGCGGGUGAUGCGGCGCACGGCGACGCUGCAGCGGGACUACCAGCUGCUGAUGGCCAGUUCAACCAGCAGCCUCGAGGCAG